GAUUAUUCAAGAUCCGACGGAUCUUAAUCACAAAGCAUUGCUCUUGAUUGACCGAGGGAGUUAAGAUGAUUUCAAGCAUCUCCAUGCAAGAGCAAGCGCAGAGGGCGCGUGCCAUGUCCUGAAGUCAAGUGUGGUCAUUCCAGCUGCUCGUGCUGUAGCAUGCAUUUAAGAGCGAGGGCGUCAUCUACGUUAUUGCAAAAGUAACACAAUCCCAUGGGCGAAUCCUCAUAGUGACCAAGCAUGCUGAAGGGACUUGAACCGGUAAAUUGCAGCGUGUGUUGCUGUACACUGGCCAGCAAAAUUGUAAUGGUGCUCUUUAUGGUGCUUUUGGUUUUCGCUAUCUUGUUUGGAAACACUGUGACUUUGGCCGUGGUGCUAGGGACCAAGCACUUCCACACGCCACAGGGAUAUCUCAAAGCGUCUCUGGCGGUGGCAGACCUGGCGGUGGGAAUUUUUGUGGUGCCUCUGUCUGUUUACGCAGAGGUGUCACUCAUGUUUAACAACUCCUCGCCGGAAUGGACCUUUAACAAUUCACAAGCGUCAACCUUUCACCCAUGUGCUGUCAUCGGUCCCAUAUUUGCCGGCUGCACUUUGGUGUCGAUUACGACUAUAUUUCUUCUAACCAUCGAAAGGAGCAUUGCAGUUUUGAGACCAUUACACAAGGAGUCGGUGAUUACGCGUAAACGGACCACAAUCCUUAUUAUUUUCUCUUGGGUGGGGAGUUUUCUGUUGGCAGUGUCUCCAAUGAUUUUCAGCAAUGAAAUUGCCCUUGAAUACAAUCCAUGUAGCAGGAUGUGCAAUUACGCAAUUGGUACCAUAAGCGAGUUCCCGACCCGAGCUUGGAACAUUCUUCUACUGUUCCCAGCGUUUGAUUUCACUCUCUUAGGGGGGACUGUGGUAAUAAAUAUAAUUUCCCUGUCGACCAUACGCCAGCACUCAAAGCGCAGAAAACAUCUGGCUGAAAGUGACAGCCAAAGUGUCACAAAACCCACUUUUUCCGACAUUAAAGCCGCUAAAACCAUCGGGACACUGACGCUUGCAUUCACAGCAUCUUUCACGCCUAUUGCAGUCUUUGUCGUUGGAAAUGUAAUUGGAAACGAAUGGUGCAAUUUCUCUUUUUUUGCUUUUUGGAUAUUGGCCACUAAUAGUUGUUGGAAUGUCAUAAUAUACAGCGUCAGAGAUCAGAAGUUCAGACUCCGAGCGCACCAGCUUUUCAUACGCUCACAAACCAAGAAUGCCUCUAAAACAUGACAUUCUUUCAUGAUUAGGCUAUUUGACAUUGACUCAGUCAAGUCGAACUGAUAUUACUUUGCAGGAGGUAGGCAAGACUACUAAAGACGAACUGAGAACUAUCAGUGAACAAGUGAAAUUCAUGAACAUAUUCCCAAGUGCGCGUUUUGGCUAAUGGCAACGCUAUUUCAGACGGUCACAUUUAAACCAUGACCCAUUUGCAUGUCUUUUAGAUUGAUGUUGUGAAAAUGUAACAUCAUGAAUGUGUUAUUGUUCCGGGUAUAUUGUUCUGUGUUCAGUGAUGUAAUACUCAUAACCCGUUGCAAUUUGUGAAAUGGUUAAGGCUCCCUAUGCUGUUUGAAUUGGAUUUGUGUUCAACUCGGAAACAUCAUUGGCACCCAUUUUCUGCCUCAACAAUAAAAAUAUUUGCUAGAAUUUGUCAGACCCAAAACGUGAUGUCUCAUGCUUGCGCGCACACACGAUGUCCAUUAAAGGAGAACCCAGGCUACA